GCUUUUAGUUAACCCUUGUUUGUAGAAUUCUCUCGUAAUUGAAGUUUUGUUACCUUUUUCAGAAACUGUGGUACUUGGUUCCUAAAUAAGAUUAUGUUAUAAGUUUCACAUUAUAAUAAUAAAACGCGAAAGCUGGGGACAAUUUGUACUGAAAAUCGGAUCCAGAAGAAUGGAAAAAAUUGAAGUUAUAUGGACAAAGUUGAAAGAAAGAGGCAUAGAAGAAGAAAAUGAGAUAGAUCAACUACUUCCUAAGUUAUGGCAAAUAAUAAAUAAAUUAGAGAAUGAAAAGAGCGAUAUCGAAGAAAAACAUGAGAUUGAAAUGAAAGAAGUUGAAAAUUAUGUUGAACAUAUUAGAAAGCUUACAGAUGAAAGAGAAGCUCUUACGUCUGACUUUGAAAAAGAAAAUGAAGCGCUUAAACAAGAAAACAGAAUGCUAAAGGAAUCAUCUGAUGAUAUUCGAACAAUGCUAAUCACUGAAAACUUAAACGAGAUAGCUGAUUCUCCUGUGAAUGAGCAAAUUGCUUACCUAUUAGUCGAAAGGGCUAAGUUAUUCGAUGAUUUGCAAGUUAUUGAAUCUAGUAGGGCUGACUCUGUUAUGGAUUCGAAAUCUGAGAUGCAUACUGAGCAUCUACAGUCAAUAUUGGAUGCUGAAAGAAAGCGAUUUGAAAAAGAACUUAAUGAACAGCGAGCUUCCAUCAGAAUAGAUAAAGAAGAAAUAAAGCAAGCUCACGAGGAAGAGAUAAAUUCUAUUAUUAGUGAAAAUGAAAAGAUGCAAAACAUUAUUAAUGAUCAAUCGCAAAAGAUAAACAGGUAUCAAGAGGAGUUAAAAGAUAUACGAGAUCAAAACGAAAAAUUACAAAAAAAAAACUUGAUUAAUGAACCCAGAAGAGGCUCUCUUCAGGGACCGCAAACUCCUGCUGCCUUAGCUGCUGUUCUUUCCUCAGAUGACUUAGAUGAAUUGAAAGGGAAAAUUAAGGAAUUAGAUCGAGAAAAUAGUAAAUUAUCGACUAAAUUUAACUUCACAAAAAAAGAGCUAAAAGAGCUAAAGGAAACGACAGAUGAAAAAAUAGAAGAUCUUGAAAAGACUAAUAAUGGUCUUCGAAAUUCUGUUUCUCAAGCUCGCUGCAAAGUAGAGGAACUAGAAGCUGACUAUGCGAAAGUUUUAGAAGAUAAGAGGCGGCUUGAAAUGAGAGUAGAAUUUGCUGAAAAACAGAUGGAAGAUACGUAUGAAAGAGAGAAAAUGCUCUCUAUACAGACUAAAAAUUUGAAGUCAACAGGAGAGAAAAUAAAGAGUCGUUGGCAGAAAGACGUCAAUGAAUUACGUGCUGAAUUAGAAGAAAUGGACGAGGAGUUACGCGUUUCUAAGGAAGAAACGGACUCAGAGCGGAAUGUAAAAAAAGGUUUAGAAGAGAAAAUAAAAGACUUGGAGGAUAAAAUUAUCAAAUUAAAAGAGGAUGCACUUUUAAAAGAAGUUACAUUCGAAGAAAGACUUCAGAGUUUAAUUCAAAGAACAAGUGGCUUAGAAGAUGCCUUAAAGGACAAGGAAAUUCUGUUAGAAACUCAUGAAAAAGACAAAAUUUUGGAAGUGCAAGAUAAAGAGGAGCAAAUUAAGACGCUUGUUGAAAAACUUAAUGAGGCAACCGUUCUAAAAGAAGAUGAAAUCGACUCGAAACUUAAAAUAGAGACUAAACUUUCAAAGCUUUGUGAAGAAAAAAAGCUAGUGCUCUCUAAAUUGGAUCAGCAACAAGAUGAAUUUAAGUCACUUGAAAAAGAGUUUCAAAUCUCGAAACAAAAUUUUAAAGAGACCUUUGCAAAAUUGGAGCAAAGUGAUAAAGAAAAAUUUGAUUUGGUGGCUACUUUAGAGGAGAAACAGACUCGUGUUGAACACUUAACAAAAGCUCUCAGUCAGCUAGAGGAAGAUAAUCAAGCACUUGCAAAGCAAUUAUCUGAAACUAUGGUUCAACAUUUAGAAGCUGAAAAGAGUCUUCAAUAUGAAAAAGAGAAAAAUAAAGAGGAAAGAGAACAAAUUCAAAAAGAAAACCACCAAUUUACAGAAGAAAAGACGCAAAUGAGCGCGGAAAUUAACGUUUUGGUAACUAAACUUGGACAGCUUGAAGAGGAAAGAAAGCAAUCUGUCGAAACACUUCAAGUAGAAAAAAGAGAAAGUGAAAAAAAAGUCAGACAAUUAAUUGAUGAUUUGGAGGAAAGCAAAGACGAAUAUGAACAGCAAAUUGAACACUUGUCGGUUAAGUCCGAUAAUUUAUGUGAUAAACUGGAAACAACCCAAAAACAUUUAAUUGAAGCUGAAACCGAACUACAAAAGUGUUAUGCUGAAAUCGAAAAAUCACAAGAAAACUAUAAAGCUGAAAGAGAUUUGAGAUUGGAGUUGGAGAGAAAAUGCGAUUUUAUUCAAGUUAAAUUGGAAAAUACUUCUGAGAAAAAGGAAGAAUUGGAAAAUCAUAUUGAUGAAUUGGAAACUGCUAAUCAACAUUUAGAAUCUGAACUGAUGAUGAACACGCAAACGAAAAAGCAGACUGAAAAUUUAAUGGAACAGCGUUCUGCUGAUACCACAUUAGCUCUCAAAAAUACUCAACAAGAACUAAAAGAGUUACAAGAAAAAUCAGAGCAAUUGCAAAGGGAUUUAACAAAAACGCUUGUGAGUUUGCAAGACCGAGAAACACAAUUGAAGGAACUAAGUGUCAUUAAGGAGGAUUUACAAGUGAAGAAUAAGGAGGUAUCUUCUCUUAAACAGCAAUUAUCAGAUGAGAAGUCAAAAAGGGGAGUCAUAUUUGCGGAGAAUGAAAAUAUUAAUAAAGAGCUUGCUUGUCUUCGCCAAAAAGAAUCACAAACAUCCGCAGAAAAUUGCCAACUACAAAAAAUGCUUCUUGAUUUGGAAAAACGACUAGAAAACAUGAAAGCACAAACAGUUUCAGUUUCCAGUUUGCGUCAAUCAAAAGAAAUGGAGAAGCAAGAGCUCCACAACAAAAUGAUCAACUUGGAAAAACAAUUGGAGAGUUUGGAAAACCAAAAUCUAUCUCUUGUGAAUUCAAAUGAAGAACUAUCUAAAAAAUACGAUCAAUUAAAAGAAAAAACCCUUCUUAAAUUAGCCAAAGCAAAAGAUACUUUUACCAAGGAGAAAGCAAAACUUAAGUCUGAAAUAGAACGGUUACACUCAGAACUUAAAUUGUCUCGGAGUGAAUAUGUUUCAGAAUCUUCUAAAUGGACAGAAAACCAAGUCAAUGUAAAGGCAGCAGCCGAUGAAAAAAGGGAAUUGCUAUUAAAGGUUACUGAGCAAGAGGAAAGUAUACGAGAUCAAGGAAGAAAUCUGUCAAUUCUUCAGGUUAGGGCCAAAUUUUUAGAGGAUGAAAACUCUACCCUUCAAGAAAGAAUUAACUCUUUGUCAAGGCAAAAGCAUAAUCUGGAUAGAAUCUUAAAGGAGUACCAGGCAGAAAGAGAAAGAGAGUUAAAUAGAUCCCUGUCUUCGGCUGCUAACAUUACUUCGCUACUUCCCAACAAAAUAUCGCCAAGGUCAUUUUCGAAUCCUUCUACUCCUUCCUCUCCAAGAGGUAUAGCUGGAAAAUCAAGAUUGACAGAGGAUAAAGAAAAAGAAAUUGCCGCAACUUGA